GAGGAGUGAAGCAGUGGAACUGUGGAAGCUCUAGGGCGAAGACGAGAGGAAGACAUGGCUGCAUCAACAGGGGAGUUAGUGUGCGUAACCGGCGGAAGUGGCUAUAUCGGCUCGUGGCUCGUCCGCCUUCUUCUUGAUCGCGGCUACACCGUCAACGCCACCGUCAAAGAUCUCAAUGACGAGAAGGAAACCAAGCACCUAGAAGCAUUGGAAGGAGCAGAAUCACGUCUCCGCCUCUUCCAAAUCGAUCUCUUGGAUUACGAUUCAAUUGUCGCUGCCGUCACCGGCGCAUCCGGUGUCUUCCACUUGGCUUCUCCUUGCAUCGUUGAUCAAGUCCACGAUCCUGAGAAGGAACUGUUGGCACCUGCCCUCAAGGGGACAAACAAUGUACUCACAGCGGCAAAGAAUCUGGGAAUUAAGCGUGUGGUUGUCACUUCAUCUGUUUCAUCCAUUGUACCUAGUCCUAACUGGCCUGCUGAUGUCCCAAAGAAUGAGGAUUGCUGGACUGAUGUGGAAUAUUGCAAGCAAAAGGAGUUAUGGUAUCCACUCUCCAAAACACUAGCUGAGAAAGCUGCAUGGGAUUUUGCUAAGGAGAAAGGUUUAGAUGUGGUUGUGGUGAACCCUGGAACAGUGAUGGGUCCCAUUCUUCCUCCAACACUUAAUGCUAGCAUGCUAAUGAUUCUGCGUCUUAUCCAAGGAUGUACGGAAAUAUACGAGGAUUUCUUCAUGGGUUCAGUUCAUGUUAAAGAUGUGGCCUUAGCCCAUAUAUUGGUGUAUGAAAACACUUCAGCAACUGGAAGACAUCUCUGUGUUGAAGCCAUUUCCCAUUAUGGUGAUUUGGCAGCCAAGGUUGCAGAAUUAUACCCAGAGUAUAACAUCCCCAGGUUGGCGAAAGAUACGCAACCUGGGCUACUAAGAUCAAAGGCUGCAUCUAAGAAGCUCAUGGAGUUGGGUCUUGAGUUCAUUCCUGUGGACCAGAUUAUCAGGGACAGUGUUGAGAGUUUGAAAAGCAAAGGGUUUAUAUCUUGAAUGGGAUCUGUUUAAAGAUUAUUACCACCUUUCUUAACUAAAUGAUCGUAGCUAGUUAUGUUAAUAUCCUCUGUUUUAUGAUGUGUUUGUAAUGUAUGCCAGUAAGAACUCUUGACUUCUCUUUUUUA